AUGGAGAAAUUUCUUCGCUCCUGGCGGCAGGAUGCGUUGAACCGUGGCCAGCAUGAUGCGGCAGUCUACAUCGGUGAUAAAGUGCUUGCGUUAACUAACAGCGACUCGGAUGCCUUUUGGUUGGCUCAAGUACAUUUCUCGAAUAAUAACUUUACCCGAGCUCUAGCUCUCCUAUCACGGAAGGAUUUGAUUUCCAGGAGUACUGCCUGUCGCUACUUGGCCGCGCAUUGUUAUAUAAAGCAAAACCAGUUUGAGCAGGCACUAUCAAUACUCGGCGACCACAACCCAACUCACCUGAUUCGCAGCAAUAACAACAGCAACAGUCGUCGCAAGCUGCAGCAUCUAAACAGCCAAAGCCAUGUCACUUUACGCAACGGGAAAACCACAGCUUCGCGGAUCGAUCGCAGCGAAGAGCGAGAGCGGGAGGAUGCAAGUAACAUUCGCUUUGAGGCCGCAAUGUGCUAUUUGAGGGGGCUUUGCUUCGCCAAGCAGAAUGCAUUUGACCGCGCCCGUGAUUGCUACAAGGAUGCUGUGCGCAUUGACGUCCAGUGCUUCGAGGCGUUCGAUCAAUUGAUGAAGAACUCGCUAAUGUCACCUGCGGAGGAGCUCGAAUUUCUGGAGUCACUUGACUUUGACUCUAUCUCCAGUCCGGACCCAUCCGUGUCUCAGGAAGCCGCUCAUUUCACGAAGAUGCUUUAUACCACCCGAUUAUCCAAAUACUCGUCCCCUGCAAUUCUUUCCGACGCAACCGAAACCCUGUCCACGCACUACAACCUUUCACAAAAUCCGGAUAUACUGCUUUCACGCGCAGAGGCCCUGUAUACCCAAUGCCGCUUCGCAGAAGCGUUAGAGCUGACUUCGUCUAUUUUGUCGACCUCCCAGUCAUCUACUGCGCUAACGGCGACGACUGCCCCUAUUUCAGCCCAGAACCAUCUGGGCCAUGCACCAGCCGUGUACCCCUUACAUCUGGCAUGCUUAUAUGAAACUGGUGCCACCAAUGCGCUAUUCCUUCUCUCCCACACGUUGGCGGAUCAUGCUCCAGAAGAGUCUUAUACCUACUUGGCCAUUGGCGUCUACUAUCUAUCUGUUUCGAAAGUAGCGGAAGCCCGACGAUUUUUCUCGAAAGCAUCUUUACUAGAUCCUCAUUCAGCGCCAGCAUGGAUUGGGUUUGCUCACACCUUCGCGGCUGAAGGAGAGCAUGAUCAAGCCAUUGCGGCUUAUAGUACGGCGGCCCGACUCUUCCAGGGAAGUCAUUUGCCGCAACUGUUCCUCGGCAUGCAGCAUUUAGCCCUGAACAACAUGUCGCUCGCUCAUGAAUACCUGUCUGCAGCAUAUGCAAUGUCGACCGGCGCAACGUCUGGCUCGGUUCCCGCACUCCCCCCACCCCAUCCACUGGAGCGUCCUCCCUGGGAGGCGAUCCAUUGGUACUCAAUGACUCUCAACCUCGCCACAUCUCUCAAUUGCGAGCCAGGAGCCUGGGUGGCCACACGAGCGAACCUGGGCCACGCUCUGCGCCGUAUUGGACGCUUUACAGAGGCACUAGUUGAAUUCGAUGAGUGUCUUCGUAUCGGUGCUGCGGGUGCUAGCUUCGGGUAUACCCCAUUUUUAGGAGGAAGUGGAGGCAAUGCUUCUGGCGCGGCGUCGUCCGGUGUUGGAGGCUACGAGGACCGCGGCUUGAUUGGCUCACUCCACACAGCUCGCGGCCUUGUUCUACUCGAACUAAGCCGGACAGUGGAGGCUGUCACCGCUCUUCACGAGGCCGUUCGUGUCUUGGGGGCUAGCGGGGGUGGUGACGCUGCUGCUGGUGCCGGUGUUGCGGGAACACUACUCUCUCGAGCCUUGGAGAUCUGGGCACUGGAGGGCAACGAGGCUGAGGCGACGCUGUCCGAAGAGGCCUCACGAGCAGGAAGCGGCAGCCGAAGUUCCAACCGGUCGUCGCGUGACAAAGGAAAGGGCAAAGUUUCCAGGCGACGCGCUAUUACCGAAGAGCAGUAUUCAGAGGAGUGGACGGAUGAAGUUGCCCAGGUCGAUUCUCACAAUUUGGGGGGCGGCUCUGAGACACUGGAAGAUAAGGUGGAGAUGGAAUUGGACGAUGAGGCAGAUGGACUUCUGCGCCAAGCAAUGAGCCGCGUGCGAGGCGGUCGAAGCAGACGACAGCCUAUGUUCAGUCCCGAGGUGGAGGCGAGCAAUACGCCCGAGCCUUCUGCGGGUGGUCGUCGAGGGUCGAGGGCGUUGAGAACUAACGCUAGACAAUGA